AAAAGAGCAUUGUAACUGGGGGAAGUUUUGUGAAAUGUGCGGAAGGUGAAGAAAUAUACUUCUGCAUGUUGUGUUGUAGCACAGAAGUGGCAUCCUGAGGAGGAGAGUUUCCCCAUCGACAAGUUGAGGGUAACCAUGGCGAUGACAGGUCAGACAUCCUGUUCUUCAAUGAGUAACCACACCAAGGAGCGUGUGACCAUGGCCAAAGUGACUUUGGAAAAUUUCUAUAGUAAUCUCAUUGCUCAGCAUGAAGAACGUGAAAUGAGGCAGCAGAAGCUGGAAAAAGCAAUGGAUGAAGAAGGCCUUGCUGAUGAAGAGAAGCGUCUUCGCAGAUCUCAGCAUGCUCGGAAAGAGACAGAAUUUCUGCGCCUUAAAAGAACCCGGUUAGGCCUCGAUGACUUUGAAUCCCUUAAAGUAAUUGGACGUGGAGCAUUUGGAGAGGUGCGCCUUGUCCAGAAGAAAGACACAGGGCAUGUGUAUGCAAUGAAAAUACUGCGAAAAGCAGACAUGCUGGAAAAAGAACAGGUGGGUCAUAUUAGAGCAGAAAGAGACAUUCUGGUGGAAGCAGACAGCCUCUGGGUUGUGAAAAUGUUCUACAGCUUUCAGGAUAAAUUGAACCUUUACCUCAUCAUGGAAUUUCUUCCUGGUGGUGAUAUGAUGACUCUCCUUAUGAAAAAAGACACAUUGACAGAAGAAGAGACACAGUUUUAUAUAGCAGAAACUGUUCUGGCCAUUGAUUCCAUUCAUCAGUUGGGCUUCAUACACCGGGACAUUAAACCAGACAAUCUUCUGCUUGAUAGCAAGGGUCACGUGAAGCUGUCGGAUUUUGGCUUGUGCACAGGACUAAAAAAGGCACACAGAACUGAAUUUUACAGGAAUCUCAAUCACAGCUUACCCAGUGACUUCACCUUCCAGAAUAUGAACUCAAAACGAAAAGCAGAAACAUGGAAGAGAAAUCGGAGACAGUUGGCCUUCUCCACAGUAGGAACACCUGACUACAUAGCACCAGAGGUAUUUAUGCAGACAGGCUACAACAAGUUGUGUGACUGGUGGUCCUUGGGCGUCAUCAUGUAUGAAAUGCUUAUAGGGUACCCACCAUUUUGCUCUGAAACUCCUCAGGAAACUUACAAGAAAGUGAUGAAUUGGAGAGAGACACUUACGUUUCCACCUGAAGUUCCUAUUUCUGAGAAAGCAAAGGAUCUGAUUCUUAGAUUUUGCUGUGAGGGUGAACAUCGAAUUGGUGCUACCGGAGUAGAAGAAAUUAAAAACAAUCCAUUUUUUGAAGGUGUGGAUUGGGAUCAUAUAAGGGAAAGACCUGCAGCAAUUUCAAUUGAAAUAAAGAGUAUUGAUGAUACAUCUAAUUUUGAUGAGUUCCCUGAUUCAGACAUACUGCAGCCAACAGCUGCUGUUAGUAAUCAUUCAGAAGCGGACUUCAAAAACAAAGACUGGGUGUUCAUCAACUACACUUACAAACGCUUUGAGGGCCUUACCGCAAGAGGAGCCAUUCCUUCAUACAUGAAGACUGGGAAGAGAUAGGUAGAAGGUAGAUGUCCUCCUCCUCUUUCAGACAGGUGCAAAGACUAUGCCAACAGCAACUGCUGGAAGUUAUGAAGUAGUCUUCCAUGACCUCUCAUGUGUCUCUUGUCUCCUUCCAAAUAAAAACUAAGACCUAUGGAUAAUCCUCAUAGGGAGCCUUAAGAGGAAGAUGCUACAUGACCAGAAUAUUUUUCGACAACUGAAAGGGCUGUUUUUUUAUUUUUAUUAUUAUUAUUAUUAUAGUUUCUGUGACUAUAGAGUUGGAGGCAGGUUGACCUGUAAACACUCUAUUAUAAUUGUUUUUUAUAUAUCAAAAUAAGAUGUUAAACUACAGCAUUAAAAUGAAUCACACCCUCUUUUUUUCGGGGCAGGGGGAAUGGGGAGGUCGAGUUUAAAAAGCACAAGUUUGUCUUGAAGGCGGAUAAUGGAAAGUCUCGUCUCAUAUAAAGAAGUAAAAGCUCUACACCAGCAUAUUUUCAAGCAAUACUGCUAUACACAAAAGGGGUUAUCUUUAAAGCCCUUUUGUGUUUUUGAACAGAUCACCUGUGCUGUUCUUGUGCUUUCCAAUAGCCUAUGCUGCUCAUUAUGAUUUGCUUUUUCUACAUUUGGAGCUCUUAUUUUUUUUUUUUUUUUUUACCAAAGGGUGUUUUGUUUUUUUUCCCUCCUUCAUUAUGAGCAUGUAUACAUAAUCUGGAAAUGUAUACUGUCUAGGUCUUUGUUUGCUGUCCAGUUGCACACUGUAUACUUUCUUGUGUACAUAUUUUGUAGUAUGCAUGUUUUAAAUUGCUUCAGUGCUUUGGAGGAUGAAGCAAGCAGAGUGCAGCAUUAUAAAAGCAGUGUUGCUUUUUAGUUACUGUUGCAGUAGGUCUGUUUCUAAAUUACACAUUCCAGCUUUUUUUUUUAUUCACAAGUCACACCAAGUUAAAAUGUUGCCAAACAAGUAUGAAAACAUUUCUGUCUUUCUGCUGUUAUAGUUGAACACAUUUCACAGGAAAUAAUUAGCAAUAGGAUAGCAUAUAUAUGUCACCAACUACAUUUUCUAAAUACAUGGCAUGCAUGCUAGAACUGUUCAUCAUUGAUAUGUUGGAAAACAAUGCAAUAAUACCUGAACUGCCACUUGUCUUGCUGUGCCCUAGGAAUGAUAAUGUGUUGUUGAAAAAUGUUAAUUUAUUUGUUGCAUUUGUAGUUAAAUAGGAAUUUGAAACCACAUUAUGUUUCCAUUGAGGAAGUGAAGUUGCCCCAAGUAAAUCUGAAAGCAUACAGUACAUUUAGUUUGAUAAACCAGCAGUACUGUGGGUCAUAUGCCUCCUGCAAAAACUUGGCAGGGUUGAGAAAGGUGUUCAUUUUCAGAAAGCAUUUCUCUCUCCUGCUUUAGUAAUAACUGCAUCGUCUCUUUCUUCUUAAAGUUAUUAGUAGGUCUUGCACAGUUACAUAAAGUACUCCUCCAUAGUCCAAAUAUUUUAUAAUGAACAUCCUACUUAAAUGUGCUACUAUGUGAGUUGGUACAGGUCCAGUUGAUAAUCCGAAUAAAAGUUUGUAUUAUUGGAUCACCUUCCCUAUUUCAUCAUUAUUUGAAUGCAGUCUGUGUUACUACCAUAGUUUUCAAUACCUAUAGUCAUGAAAUGUGGAGAAGUGUUAAAAUUACAGCAAACAAUUAGACAUUUUAACCCCUUUUUAUUUUCCUAAGUGUUCAUAUUAGACACUGCUAAAGUGCAAGUUCCAUUUUAUUUUAGUGACUAAUAAACUUAUUGUGAUAUGGUUUGUAAAGGUACAGAUGCCAGAAAGUAACUGGUACUUUUUCAUAACUAAGCAGAUACCUUGUGCCACAAAGCUGUAGAAAUAAAUGGUUUGGCAAAUUGGGUAUCGCCCUACCUAUCAUACAGUGUAAGUCUUGCCUUUUCUUGCCAUUUUUUUGUGGUAAGGGUUGUGAGGAUGUUGCGGAGAUGUUUGAAUGAAGUUAGCCCAGUAUGAAUUAUCUUCAUGUUAUGAAUGUUUCCUAGAACUUUCUCUCAGUGAAUAUUUCUUAUAUAGAGAGGGUAGCCAGGUUAGAGUAUACUGUACACUCAAGCACUUGGUGAAGGUGAAUUCUGUCCUUUAAGAGUAAGGCUUGUACUAAGAUUUUCUUUGCAUGUCACCCUUCAUGUUCUAAACACAAACCUAUUGUAUCUGUAAUGUGUAGCAGGCAAUGACCUACGCAUAGGAAACUUUCAUCUUUUUUGUGGCAUUUAUCCAGCGUACAACAGAAUAAAAAGGUCACUAAGCAUUUUAAGCAAGUUAUUUUGAAACAUUUGGUUUUCAAGGAAAAUUUAAGAAUUAUUUAUAUAAUUUUCUUUAAGAGGACUGUUUAAUCUUUUUAAGUAUUUAAUGUUUUGCAUGUUAUUUGGAAAUAGUAUUACAAAUGAUCUAUUGGGUUAUUUUAUAUAGAAGUAAGAAGAUUGACAGACUUUUUGCCAAAUGUCAAGUAGAUUUGGGUGUAUCACCCAUUUAAGUUGAACGUUUUCUUUUAAAAAUGUUGGUUGUGUGGUCUGUGUUUGACAGAUUUACAGGUAGAAAUGGCACACAUUCUUUAUAUUAAGAUGAGGAGGGAUGGAAAAGCUUGAGCUUCUGCUUUUGUCAGCUUUCUUAUUCCAAAUUAUCAAUUUUUCUUUCCAGGAAUUUUACAUGUUGUAUGUUGAGGGACAAGCUUUUUCUUUUCAAAAUUAAGGUGCAUAUAAUUCAGCUGGGCUGUCAUCCAGCCAGCCAGAUGUGUGGUGGCUCAGAUUAUUCCAUUAUUGUUGUAGAUUUCAUUUUAAAUCCCUGGUCCUUACAAAGGGAAGCUUCAAAGCCCAGUGAAGCCUCUGCAAAAAGGCAACUGGUUUUGUCAAAAUUAAAACAGAAAUAUUUCAAACACGUCGCUGUACUUGUAUUUCUUUAGAUCAGUAUGGGUUUGAAGAAAAGAUUAAUAGGCUUUCUCUGUAUGAAUAAUGAGUAUAAAGGCCUGGUUACCUUUUUCAGGAUUUUAUCUUUUAUCAUUGCCUCUAGCAGUUUGUGUGGCUUAUAGAGCGGUUUGCAGUCUUACCAGGGGGAAUUCCCUGCUUUUCCCCAAAUAUUUUUCAUAGGAAAUUGUUGCCUUAUAUGUUUAUAAUGUAUAAAUAUUACACUUUAUUUGUAUAUUCUUUCUGGUUUCUUUCUUUGUGGGAAUUUUUGGCAGCAGUUGAUUGUGAAGCUUCUUUCUGUGAAAGGAUCUUUAAGCUAUCAGAUGCUGGUAUUUUUAUUUGUAUUCAAUAAAAACUUGUAUUUAA